AUGACGGACACCAAGAUGCAGGUCGAUACUCCCACACAAGACACGGUCGAGAAAAUCAAACAAGGCGAUAUCGAUGAGUCCUUGUACAGUCGACAGCUAUAUGUCCUUGGCCAUGAGGCUAUGAAACGUAUGGGCUCGUCGAAUGUUCUCGUAGUUGGUCUGAAAGGUUUGGGCGUUGAGAUUGCCAAAAACAUCGCUCUCGCUGGUGUCAAAUCUCUCACUUUAUACGACCCCGCGCCAGUUGCUAUAUCCGAUCUCUCCUCCCAGUUCUUCCUUCAACCACAAGACGUUGGCAAGCCACGUGCCGAAGUUACCGCCCCGAGAGUCGCUGAGUUGAACUCUUAUGUCCCGGUCACAAUCCACGAAGGCAGCAGUCUGGUAGAGAACUUGGAGCAGCUGAAGCGCUACCAGGCGAUUGUCCUUACCCUCACCCCGCUGAAGGAGCAACUGGUGAUUGCGGACUUCUGCCACAAGAAUGGCAUCUACCUCACAAUAGCAGAUACCUUCGGUCUUUUCGGAUAUCUUUUCAACGAUUUUGGGAAGAACUUCACUGUUGGCGACUCUACGGGAGAAGAUCCUGUAGGUGGAAUUGUGGCUGACAUCUCUGAAGAUGGCCUCGUUUCAGCGCUCGACGAGACUCGCCACGGUUUGGAAGACGGCGAUUUCGUCACGUUCACCGAAGUCAAGGGCAUGGAGGGAUUAAACAACAGCGCGCCAAGAAAAGUCACCGUUAAGGGUCCCUACUCGUUUACUAUUGGAGACGUAUCCGGCCUCGGUACGUAUCAGGGUGGCGGUUUGUUCACACAGGUCAAGAUGCCCAAGUUUAUCGACUUCGAACCACUUUCCGAGCAGAUCAAGAAGCCGGAAUUCCUGAUUUCCGAUUUUGCCAAAUUUGAUCGUCCUCAGCAGCUUCAUAUCGGGGUUCAAGCCCUCCACAAGUUUGCAGAAACCAAGGGACACUUCCCGCGUCCCCACCAUGAGAGCGAUGCCCAAGAAUUACUACAAAUUGCAAAUGGCCUAGCAUCCAGUCAAGAAGAAAAGGUCGAACUAGACGAGAAGCUUCUCAAGGAGCUGAGUUACCAGGCCCUAGGUGACCUCAACCCUUUGGCUGCUUUCUUCGGAGGCAUUGUGGCGCAGGAGGUUCUCAAGGCAGUAUCAGGAAAAUUCGGACCAGUGCAUCAAUGGCUUUAUUUCGACUCCUUAGAGUCGCUGCCUACUUCGGUCACUCGUUCCGAGGAGACCUGUAAGCCUCUUGGGACGCGUUAUGAUGGCCAGAUCGCCGUUUUUGGUAAAGAGUUCCAGGAUAAGAUUGCCAACCUGACCCAGUUCCUUGUUGGUGCAGGCGCUAUUGGGUGCGAGACUCUGAAGAACUGGGCCAUGAUGGGUCUUGGAACUGGCCCCAAGGGUAAAAUCUAUGUCACAGAUAUGGACCAGAUCGAAAAGAGCAAUUUGAACCGGCAGUUCCUCUUCCGCAGCAAGGAUGUCGGCAAGCUCAAGAGUGAAUGUGCCUCUGCUGCAGCUGUGGCAAUGAACCCUGAGCUGGAAGGUAAAAUUGUUACACUCAAGGACCGCGUGGGACCGGACACCGAGCACAUCUUCAACGAGGAAUUCUGGGAGGGUCUUGAUGGAGUCACAAAUGCUCUGGAUAAUGUUGAGGCCCGAACCUACGUUGACCGUCGUUGCGUCUUCUUCAGAAAGCCACUGCUUGAGAGUGGCACCCUGGGAACCAAAGGCAAUACUCAGGUCGUCCUUCCUCGCAUCACCGAAUCUUAUUCUAGCUCUCAGGAUCCUCCUGAGAAGUCGUUUCCCAUGUGUACCCUCAAGAGUUUCCCCAACCGGAUUGAGCAUACUAUCGCUUGGGCUAGGGACCUCUUCCAAACAUAUUUCGUUGGACCUCCAGAGGCCGUCAACAUGUAUCUGUCCCAGCCGAACUAUAUCGAGCAAACGCUCAAGCAGGCUGGGAAUGAGAAGCAGACUUUGGAGCACCUGCGCGACUUUUUAGUGACCGAGAAACCUGCAAACUUCGACGAUUGUAUCGUCUGGGCGCGUAACCAGUUUGAAGCCCAGUACAACAACGCCAUCCAACAGCUGCUCUAUAACUUCCCCCGAGACUCAACUACCUCAACAGGCCAACCGUUCUGGUCCGGGCCCAAGCGCGCUCCCACGCCACUCAAGUUUGAUAGCACCAACCCUACGCAUCUCGGUUUCAUCAUUGCAGGCGCGAAUCUCCAUGCUUACAACUACGGAAUCAAGAACCCUGGCGUUGAUAAAGGAUACUACAGAAAGAUUGUGGAUAACAUGAUCAUCCCCGAAUUUACGCCCAAAUCUGGUGUUAAGAUCCAGGCCAGUGACAAUGACCCGGAUCCAAAUGCCGAGGCUUCCGGGUCUUCAUUCGAUGACAAUGACGAGAUCAAGCGUCUUGUUGAGAUCCUGCCUUCUCCCAAGUCGCUUGAGGGCUUCCGUCUGAACCCCGUUGAGUUCGAGAAAGAUGACGACACAAACCACCACAUCGAUUUCAUCACUGCCGCUAGUAAUCUACGCGCUGAGAACUACGAGAUUACUCCUGCUGAUCGCCAUAAGACUAAAUUCAUUGCUGGAAAGAUUAUUCCUGCCAUUGCCACAACCACCGCCCUAGUUACAGGUUUAGUUGCUCUGGAGCUGCUAAAGAUCAUUGACGGCAAGGAUGACAUUGAGCAAUACAAGAACGGAUUCGUCAACCUUGCGCUGCCAUUCUUCGGUUUCAGCGAGCCUAUUGCAAGCCCAAAAACAAAGUACCAAGGCAAGCAGGGUGAAGUGACUAUUGACCAGAUCUGGGACCGCUUUGAAGUGGACGAUAUUCCCUUGCAGGACUUCCUCAAGCACUUUUCAGACUUAGGCUUAGAGAUCAGCAUGGUAAGCUCUGGUGUGAGCCUACUAUAUGCCAGCUUCUACGGCCCCUCGAAGGUGAAGGACCGCCUUCCUAUGAAGAUGAGCGAGUUGGUGGAACAUAUCAGCAAAAAGCCAAUCCCCGAUCAUCAAAAGAAUGUUAUCUUCGAGGUGACCGCUGAGGACCAGACAGAACAGGACGUUGAGAUUCCGUAUGUGAUGGUGAAGCGGAAGUAAAGCACACGAUCAGAUUUUCUGAUUGUGCGCACAUGUUUGCACAUUAAAAUACAUAACCUCUCUCAGCCAUAAAUAUUCAGGCAAUCAUACAUCCUCAUCUUACUACAGAUGUUAAG